AUGGACAUAGUCCAAGGCAGUCCACGUCUACCACGAAAUGGAUCCCUACCUCCGGCCCGUCCGACAAUUCUUCUGGGACUUUCAGUCAACAUGCUAUCCUCUCUUGCUCCCAUACCUCAACCGCUUCGCCGUUCUCGCGCAAGAAUCCCCAGCCAUAGUCUCCCUGGGCGUCCUCUUGCUAUCUCUCGCGAUAAUGCUGCAGAUCCUGAGCUGGGUGAGGAGGAUGAUGGUCUGGUGGUUUAG